AUGACACAAGUCGAUUCGGGCCCAGGAGCAGCCCCUGAACUCAAGGAUGAACACAAAAGCAAAAGUCCAGUAUCUGUAGGUCAAGCACCGUCGCCAGAAGAGGGAGAAGGAGAUUCAGCGACAGAUGGUUUUGAAGCCGACACCAAUGAGAACAGUGUUGAUGUGACACCAGGUCAUGACACCAAUGACCCACCUCCAUCCGCAACCGAGGAGUCAAAAAGUGAAUCCGCUGUACCGCUAGCAUUUGGUUCUGAAACGUCUACGAAAAACCCAAAGACAUUCUGCCGCAACUCCAGCUCGUUUCUCCGAGUAUCCGAUCUCGACCUUCCGAGUCCUGAUGAAACCACCACUACGCCUUAUUCCAAAGAAACCCCCACUGGGUCCGCCGACGGUGAUGAAGAAGAAGAAGAAGACCAACUGUCUCACUUUCAUCAUCCCUCCGCCGAUCCUCCACCUGGUAUGGAUAAGGAUGACAAGGAAAAGUUUAUUGCCAUUGGAUCCCACGAUGGUGUCCCCACACCAAUUGCACCAAUCGCAAUGCAAAAACUAGCUGCCUUUGGACUGGAAACAGCCUUGAAUCAAGACAUGUGGAACCCUGACCGCAAAACGCAAAAACUGAUUAAAAAAGCAGACCCAGAACAAGAUUGGAUACCUCAUACUUUUAGUCCCGGUCCUUUGUCAGUGGGUGAAUCUUGUAAUUUCCACGACAAGGAAGUCUUUGUAUGGACUGGUACCUUUUCACAUGAUUAUUAUGGGUGCGAAUUGCCAGCGAUUCGAGUGUCGGGUACUGUCAACAUGUCGGCCGAAUAUUUGGUCAAUCUCCUGCUAGACAGCUCCCGCGUCAAGGAAUACAAUCGACUCAUGAUUGAACGCACAGAUGUUCACGUGUUUGUGAACGAUUUGUACAAUGAAAGCAACAACAGCGAAAGCAAUCCCUUUGGUCCUUGCGUUACCAAAUUUACUCGAGCAACUUCGAAACCACCCCUUGUGAAUCGUCUCAUGAUAUUCAACAAUCUCUGCCAUGCCAAAAAGUUACCCGACGACAGUGGCUACCUUGUUUGCAAUCGUGCCAUCUACAAUAGCAAGCAGCCAGAAGUGGAACCGGUCAAUGUAAUCAACAGUGAAGUAUUGUUGGGCGUCAAUCUCAUUCGGCACCUGAGGGAUAAAGAAGGUCAAAUUUUGACAAACAAAUGCGUCAUGACCAAUGUCAAUCACAUGCGAUCGCCCAAGAUCCCAAUGAUGAUAGCCAAAAAGAUAGGAACAAAUGCAGCGACUGGGUAUCUAAAUGACUUUCGAGGAGCAGCAGAGCGAUUGGCGGCACAAAAAGGUUGA